ACAGCUAUCUGCAGGUGUUGGUUAUGGCUGCGAUUUAUCAAGCAGUGUAUAGAAGAGCUUCCUCUCUCGUCUGCAGGUUAUACUCUACCUAUGUUCGAAAAAUGAGAUACUUAAAUGAGCUAAAGGAAGAUGAUAGCCUUUGUAGACAAGCCCAGACCUCAGGAACUUUCUACCUCUUUCACAAUCUCUCCCCCUUCCUGCAGAAUGUUGGGAAGAAAUAUUUGGUACCACAGCUCAGUGCAGCAGAGAUGAAAAGGAUCCUGGAGAAAUUCAAAGAGACUGAACAGUGGAUAGAGAAGUCGGUGCUGAUCGGUUGUUCAGACGAGCACGUGCCACACUUUGCCCUGGAUUUAGGAGCCUUGGAGAAAUCAGUCAUUGAGUCUGAACUCAAGGGAUCGUUUACUGACUUACGAAAGGCUCUCUUUGUAGUGGAUGGGAAGGAUUCUCCUUUGCUGGCUUCGGCCCAGUCGCUUCUCCGGUGGCACGAUUCCCACCAGUACUGUAGCAAAACUGGGCAGCCCACUCAGAAAAACGUAGCUGGAAGCAAGCGUGUCUGCCAUGCCAGCGGAAUAAUUUACUAUCCGCAGAUGUCUCCAGUGGUUAUCACCCUAGUGUCUGAUGGGAGCCGGUGCCUCCUCGCACGACAGCCCUCAUUUCCCCAGGGGAUGUACACAGCUCUCUCAGGCUUCUGUGACAUGGGUGAAAACGUGGAGGAGACAGUCCGGCGAGAGGUGGCAGAAGAAGUGGGCCUGGAGGUGGAAUCACUCCAGUACUCAGCUUCUCAGCAUUGGCCCUUUCCCAGCAGCUGCUUAAUGAUAGCUUGUCACGCGUUGGUGAGAGCACAGCAGAUCAGUAUGAACAGCCUGGAACUAGAGGAGGCCCGUUGGUUUGGCCUGGAGGAAAUCGUGGAGGGUCUCAAGAGAGAGCCCAGAUCUUCAAAGCGAGACGAUGGUAGUUUUUUACCCUGGUUCCCUCCCAAACAGGCCAUUGCUCACCAGCUGAUUUGUGAGUGGGUUAAGCAGCGGACUUCCCAGCCGGCUUACGCAUGA